AUGACAGUAAGCAGUACAAAAAGCAGUUUCCAGGGAGGUAAGGGUACCACAGCCACAGAUGCAUCUCCUGUUCUGCUCCAUCAUGAACACGACCUGCUCGCUGCAAGUACAGGGAGCCUUUGCCACAGACUGCCACAACAGUUGCUCGAGGUCAAUCAAGAGCUGCUGCAAGCUGGAGUCAUUUCUCUGUGCGGAAGCAGAGACAGAAGUGGCCGAGCAGUGAUACAGGUCUGCACAAGACAUGCCAUCUGGUUAAAGGAGCAUUGCACAAGCACAGUGGUUGCCCAUCUUUUGAUGUAUCUGUACAGCAUCCCCAGGAAGGAGGUACGUGAUUUGGGAGUUGUUUUUCUAGUGGAUGCGCGCAAGUGUCAGCCUAAUUCUUCUCUUUUCAAAGCAUUAACAGCAAUGCAGAAUGCAAUUCCUCAUUCAAUUCACAGUGUCCUUUUAUUGACUGAUAAGGAAUGUUCUUUUAGGCCUGAUCGGGACAUAGCAAUUCAGUAUGAAAUUCUCACAUCACUGAAGGCUCUGAAUAAGCUUAUUGACUGCACACAGUUGACAGCAGAAUUUGAUGGAACAUUUCAGUAUAACCACAGUGACUGGAUAUGUUUCCGAAGGAAACUGGAACCCUUUAUUACAAACUGCAGAGAGGCCAUUGGCUUUCUGCAGAAUGCAGUGGGCUCCCUGACAGCCAACAGAACUCUCAACACUGCACAGGAUGUAUGUGAUUUAAUUAAUAAACACAAGACAAUGAUGAAGCUCGUUUUGGAAGAUGCCUUGUUAGUAACACUACGGCUAGAAGGUGGAACAGUCCUUGCAAGACUUAGAAAGGAGUCCUGCCACACAGAGGACUAUCGAGAUGCCAUGGAGAUUGUAACAAGACUUUAUAAUCAAGUGGAUGAGGAAGUCCAUAGGCUGGUACUCUUAUCUAAUAAAUGCCUGCAGCAGUUGGAGAAUCUUGCAGAAGCAAGAAAAUUUGAAGAAGGCUGUGAUCAGAUAAAACAGUGGUUUGAAAAUGAGCGAGAGAAAUAUCUUGGCUGUUUAGAUCAAGAGGGACUUUCACUGGAAAAGGUGAGGAAGCUGCAAGAAGAUUUCCAAGGUUUCAUGGACAAGACAAAGCACUACUACGAGAAAGGACUGCAGCUGGUGCAAGGAAAUCAUCCAUUAAAGAUGGAAGAAAAAGUUCAGAAUUUCAAGAAAUAUCUGAAUAACAUUUUCAUUCAGACAGAAAAGAGGAAGACGGAGCUGACAAAGCUGGUCAAUUUGUAUGAGUUUUAUGAGAUGGCACAAGAGUGGAUGUUACAUUGCAAUGAGUGUCUUGCACAUUUAACUGCAGGGGCCAGAUAUUCUCCAUCUGUGAUUCAGUGCCUCCAAAGCUAUCAUCAGGAAGGUACAAAACUUUCUGCAGAGAACUUUAAAAGAAUGAGUGAGAUGAUCUUGGCUCUGGGUGGCAAACAAGAACAAAAGCAGUGGCAUGCUUUGUGGCUAAAAUGUCAGCAAACAAGGCAUCAUUUAGCUGAAUUUUUGUCUGAAGCCUUUAGAGAUUCCAGCAGGGAGUAUAUUCACAAGGUUCUCAAGGAACAUGCCAUGAAGAGAAAGGAUGGGUUUGAUGUUGGAAGACCAUCCCCUGGGUACUCAUCUCCUAACAAUGAGGACAAUAUUUGGGUGGACAAAACUAAGCCUGUACACAGGACUCAGCCAUUAGAAGCACCAUCUUUUUUAGGCUUUGGGACUGCAAACCGAAAUAUGGAGGCAGCCAUGGAAAUACCUGCGUCUCCACUACAGUGGCUUGCUUCACUUCCAGGUGAACUUGAGAAGAGGACCUGGAAUUCAGAGGACGUAGACAGCGUUUCCAGUGGGCGCUCAGCUUCAUCGGGUGCUGAGCCCAUCCGCUCACCGCCUACCCACCACAGGAAGCAACCCCACAAAAAAGUAAUGAAGAAGAUGCAAAGUUUUGAACUUAGUCAGCAUGAAAGCAACCCCAGUGAAUUUCAGCACCGUGGCUACACAGGAGUGCACAUCAAAGGACUCGAGGUUGCCAGUAAUAGUGCCAAUGAAACAAAAUACGUGCAACGUUUGAGUAGUAGAAGCCCUUUGAUAAGUAGAAACCGAAGUUUAUCCUCCCCCUCAAGGAUCCAUCAUAUGGAAGAAGAGGAUAAGAAAAGAAGUGGAAGCAACAAAGUGCAACAUAUAAUGGACGAGAUGAUCACAACAGAAAGGGAGUAUGUUAGAUCCUUAGGAUAUAUCAUCAACAACUAUUUUCCAGAAAUGGAAAGAACUGACUUACCUCAGGAUUUGCGUGGGAAGAGGAACACUAUCUUUGGGAACCUGGAGAAGCUCUAUGAUUUCCAUAAUGUUAAGCAGUUGUUUCUGUCUUGCAGCAACAAAGUGCAACAUAUAAUGGACGAGAUGAUCACAACAGAAAGGGAGUAUGUUAGAUCCUUAGGAUAUAUCAUCAACAACUAUUUUCCAGAAAUGGAAAGAACUGACUUACCUCAGGAUUUGCGUGGGAAGAGGAACACUAUCUUUGGGAACCUGGAGAAGCUCUAUGAUUUCCAUUGCCAAUACUUCCUAAAGGAGCUGGAGCGCUGCCGAGAUUUCCCCCUAUGCGUCAGCCACUGCUUCCUCAAACAUGAGGAACAAUUUGGCAUGUAUGCUUUAUACAGCAAGAACAAGCCACAGUCAGAUGCCUUGCUAACCAGCCAUGGAAAUGCGUUCUUUAAAAACAAGCAACAGAAUCUGGGUGAUAAGAUGGAUUUGGCCUCCUAUUUGCUGAAGCCCAUUCAAAGAAUGAGCAAGUAUGCACUCCUUCUGAAGGACAUGAUCAAGGAGUGUAAGAAGACCCAGGAGCAGGAACUCAGUGACCUGAGGGCUGCGGAGGAGAUGGUGAAAUUCCAGCUACGCCAUGGAAAUGACCUGCUUGCUAUGGAUGCCAUUCAAGGAUGCGAUGUCAAUUUGAAAGAGCAAGGGCAACUGCGAUGUCAGGAUGAGUUUAUCGUUUGCUGUGGAAGAAAGAAAUAUCUGAGGCAUGUCUUCCUCUUUGAAGAUCUUAUCUUAUUUAGCAAGACAAAAAAGAUUGAUGGGGGAUAUGACAUCUAUAUGUACAAACAGUCAUUCAAGACUGCCGAGAUUGGAAUGACAGAAAAUGUUGGAGAUAGUGGUCUGAGGUUUGAAAUCUGGUUUCGACGGAGGAGAAGAUCCCAGGAUACAUACAUCCUUCAAGCAAGCUCAGCAGAAAUUAAAAUUGCAUGGACUGAUAUCAUAGGAAAGAUCCUUUGGAGACAGGCUUUGAGGAAUCGAGAACUCCGAAUACAAGAGAUGGUGUCCAUGGGAAUAGGCAAUAAACCUUUCAUGGAUAUCAAACCCAGCGAAGCAGCCAUAAGCGAUCGAGCAAUUGAUUACCUCAUGAAGGGAACAGAGUCAAGAUCUCGAGCAUCAAUAGCAGUGUCCUCAUUUGACCAUUCCACACCAUUCAAGAGACCACAUUCUACCAUCUCUAGUAGCAGCACAUCUUCUUCUGGCAGCCAGUCAUCCUCAUCUAUUCUGGGGUCACUGAACCUGCACGUCUGCUCCAGCCCAUCCCAUUCAGGCCUGCUGGGGCUACCCUCCUACCACUGGUCUUACGAUAUUAGAAGCUGCAUUGAGGAAGAUGACCUGGAGCAGGAAACGGGAAGCCAGCCUUCAAUGAUCACAGAGAGCUCAGAAUCAUCUCAGUGCACCUCAGGGGAAAGCGUGAGUGGUUGCAGUACUUCUGCCCAUUCUGAGGCCCAUCUUCCCACAGAGAUGUUUCUGGAUGAAUGUGCUUCAAGUGCCACUUCCAAACACUCCUCGCAGUGCAUGUCUCCUGUUCUCCCGGAGAAGAAUCCCAGAUCAAAGUACAACAGUCAAUAUGUUACAGCUGUAAGUACUGUGGUGCUGGCAAAAAGCCCCUCUUUCUGUCUUAGAAUAUCUAUGGUAUCUUAGAAACAGGCCAGUAUUAAACAAAUGCCUGGGUCUCUUG